CGAAACAAUCGCUAUUCAUCGGUCUAUUUUUAGUUCUGACAUCACACAAUCGGUCGGUGGUUCUGAGAAAGGGUAUCCCUACAGUAGUGACUCAUCCAGAGAAUAUUUCUCGUAAUAUACAGGUUGAACAAGUGUCCGUGACCUGUCAAAUGUUGUAAAUAAAUCAGAGUUUGGAGUUUCGGUUGUUUUCCUGUCCGAUUCUCGCGUUAGUUUUGUAGCAGCUGUUUAUUAAGUACAGCUUUCAAGGCUGAAUUCGGUCUGUGAUAAGGACAACUUUUGAUAUCGGUCCGCUAUGUUAAUCAAAAUGGAAAUGAGCGACGGCAUGUCUUACAAUUCGGAUUUUUCUAAUGACAGCGACAAUUCACAAUCUUCCACAGCUGGACUGAAAAUGGACAGUAGCAUUUUAUUUACAUCCAACACGGUAAAUACUUUUCUACAACUAAGAGAAGAAAACCACUACUCAUAUGAUACAGGCGCAAAUUUCAUAGCCCUAGAAGGACUAAAUUCAGGAGUACCAACCAGGACUACGCCUACGCUUACACCAACCACUCUCAGGAAUAUUGAGCAGACUUUUAUUGAGUUGCAAUCUAAACCCGAACCGCACGAAAACGAGGCCGGAUUUGUUCCGCCCCUCGUGCAUCCUAUUGGAAAUAACCAGUACGUAUCAGCAUCCGACGCCACGGAUUUCUACGCGAACAUACCUCCCAAAUCGCCUUCGAUUUGGCAGAGUAGUCUUUCUCAAUCCAGCUCAGACUCAAACACUAGAUCGACACCUCCUCUCAAUCAGAGAACUAGCUUUAGCAACACGGCGCAAGGAACUACCAGACGGAAUAUGGGCGGGAGGAAACCCAUAAAAGAUACAAGCAUUUCUCCAGAAGAAGAGGAAAGAAGGAGAGUACGAAGGGAAAGAAACAAAGCGGCCGCAGCAAGAUGUAGAAAGAGGAGGGUUGAUCAUACGAAUUCCCUUAUUAAGGAAGUAGAAGAGCUUGAACAAAAACGCCAGAAGUUAAUAGAAGAGCAAAUGGAUUUGAAACGAAUGAAACAUCAUCUGGAAAAUCUAAUUGACACUCAUUCAGCAUCUUCUGCGUGCCGCAAAAAAACGUCUAGUCCGCCAGAUAUUAAACCGUUUGACCACAUGACCACAUACUAUGGUAAAGCAUUGGAUCGAGGUCUUAAAGCAGAAAUAGAUGACCAUUUUGAUAAUGAUGUAUUUAUGUCGCCUGCUUCCACUAAAAAGUUAAUGCUGAGUCAAGCAGUUCCCUUCCCCCCAAAACCCUUAAGACCGAGUAGUCUCAACGUAUCAGUGACUGCGCCGUCGAUUACGAAAAACAACGAAUUAGCCGGUAUUUCCAUAACCACUCCCUCUCAAGGAAUGAUGUUCAAUUUUGAAUCUCUAAUGGGAGGGGGUACCGGCUUAACUCCAGUUAGUGGGCCCCUCCCACCUUCCUGCAGCACGCAGCAACGAAAUAUACCCGUCAGUGUCGCCGAUUUAAACUCACCAGAUUCUCAGUUACCACCCAAGCUUGUUAGUUUAUAAUAGAGGAGAACUUAUGUGAUAGAUUUUCACAUGGUUUUGCCAAAGUCCUACUUCAAUGCUGCGAUCCAAAUUGUCUUAUGAAUUAAUAAAAUUAUUUUUUCAAACCUAUGAAAGUGUAAUAUGGGUACCGUACUUUACUUGCUCAAUUGAAUGGGGAUAUUGUGAAAGCUAUGUGAAAAUCGAAAUUUUGUCGUAUUUGAUGCCAAUUACCGUUGUUUGUUGUUGAGACUAAAAGGCUCAGUUUUUGAUACAGUAUACCAUUUUUUAAAAUAUUUUGCUAAACAUUUGUACUGUUAAGGUCUGUUUUUUACUACUGCUAGGUGAAUAAUCACUCAAUAUUGUGAUAGAUUGCUAUCACAAGUGUUUCGAAUGUAGUUUAGCCUUAGCCAUUUAAUAUACUUAGUGGCUGUGUUACUUAUCACUCUUGUAAAUUACCAUACGACAAUCAAUCAGUAAUAACCAGCAUCGGCAAUUUCCAUUGCGCUACGUUUUCUGUCACUGAUCAAGCCAAAAAGUUAACUAGUAAAAACAAACCAUUCGAAGUGUCAUCUAGUGUUAAUGUUUGAAAUAUUUAUUUAGUACCUAUAUAGGCGUAUUAUUGUAUAAGGACAAUUACCAAAGCCCUUUGAACCCUUCCGAACCAGAUAGAUGUGCGAGAUGGACUUUUUUCAAUCUAGUCUAUUUUUCUACAUCUGAAAAAAGUUGUUGUAAUAUUUAUUAGCAGGGGCGGGGUAAUUAGCCAAAGGGCAGUAAAUACGGUGCAUUGUAUAUAUUCCGUUACAUUGCAACGUCAAGAUUUUACACGAUUUGCUGGGCUGUUGCUCUUUGGUCUUUCUAUAGUCGUAAGUGCUCAAAUAUAUGCUAUUUUUGCUACUGCAAAUUCCUUUUUCAAAAACCAAGAAAUGCCUUUACUGCGUUUGAUUCAUUGGAUUAUUGUGCGAAUGGGAAAACUUAUUCCAUCCAUCAUUUUUGUAACUUAGAUUGUAAGUAAAAAUACAAAGAUAAAAUGAGCAAAAAAUAAUGGUUAAAUUGUUGCAUCGAAAAUUCAAUCCAUUAAGAGGAAAAACAACUAAGACAAAUAUUUCGAUUACCAUUAAGUAAAUUGACUUGUCAGUUAUUGGUUUGGUAUAUCUAAUCUCGUCUGUUUUACACGCUAUUCUUUACCGCAUUGUACAUUUCAAUUCAAACCAAUCUGUAUUUUUGAAAGCGAAUAUGUGUUACUAAUUAUAAGUAUAUAAUUAAUAUAUUUGAAAAAAUACUUUACGAUAAAAAUAUUUGCAAUAUUUGUAAUCCGACGUUUUUAUAGGAUUAUAUGUAUUUUCGUCAACUUUUGUAUUUAUUUUACGCAAUGGUAAGGUUAAGAAAACAUCAAUAAAUUUAUCUUUCCGGAAUAA